GAAGUCCCCGGAAGGUUAACAAAACGAUUGCGUGACACUUGGAAGCUUCAUAGGGAUUUCGGUUUUCAGUGAGUCCAGAUCUUUUCCUUCAGUCAGUAUUAGUAUUGAGUAGUCUUGAAGAUGAUUCCGAGCCUUGUCAUCGCCGUUAUUGCAGUCUUGGUGGUUUGUGUACUGUGGGUUUAUAAAUGGUUUAAUGAGGUUUAUUUCUGGAAGAAUGAUUCUGGUGUAGUCAUCAAAGGAACUUCCUUCAGGACGUUUUCGCCUCCACUGAUAGCGAUGAAGGAUCAAACUUUGAAGAAAUUCGGGAUGUACCUGCUUCGAUUCUUGCCUGGUCCACCAAAACUAAUAAUAACCGAUCCUCAUAUUGCUGUGAAGUUCAUGGCCAAGCAACACAAGUAUGAACGAACAAAGGACUUUCGACUUGGUUGUGUAUUUCGCCAGCUUUUUGGUAAUGCGGCUGGAACGGCCAGCGGUAAGGCACACAAGCGCAUACGCAGUAGCUUUGAUGGAUGUUACAGUGCAGAGAGCGUGGAAAAGACGAUCAGCAUGAUGGAAGAAGAAUGCAAAGAGUAUCUAAGACUGAUUAGAGAGGAGAAAGAGGGUCAAUUCAACAUGGAUGACUUGAUACUAUUGACGUUUAAAAUGCUGAUGAAGUUUACAUACGGAAGAGAUUUACCUGAAAAAGAGCUGCAAGAAUUAAUAGAACUAAGAACUCUUGUGGGUGCUUUAAUUGCCGAUACUUUCACGAAUCCGUUCGUUAAACUUCCGUUUUACGAAUACUUGCCUACCGACACGAACCGGAAAACGUCGGAGUUUGAAAGACGAUGGCUGCAGCUCAACGAGCGUUUUCAGGAGCGUUUCGUGGAAGGAAAAUCUAAAGACACAGAUUGUGUUUUUUACAAGAUGCAAAAAACUCUUGCUGAGAAUCCAGAAGCUCUAUCAUGUGAAGAGUUUCAGCAAACCCUGGAGGAGGCAUCUCUUGCUAAUGUAGACAUCACGUGUGGUGCCACAGCUUGGCUUCUGUUUCAUGUGGCUCUUCAUCAACAAAUCCAAGAGGAGCUCACGACUGAGAUUAAAAACUUGACUUCAGAACAUUCAGGAUCCUUAAAUCUAGAAGUUCUCAACGACAUGGACUUCUUAGGGAAGGUGGUUAAAGAAUCAGCUAGAAAACGUCCCGUCAUGGUAAUCAGUACCCCAGAAUAUGUUCCCUGUCCAAUGAUGAUUGGAGACUUCCACAGUCCUGCAGGGAUUGAAGUCUCAGUCGACAACAGUGCAGUCAACAGCGACCAGGGGGUCUGGGAAGAUAUCGAUACCUUCAAUCCACGACGAUUCGACAACGAAACACCGAGCAUGCGCAAAAGCUUAUGCCGUUUUGGAAUAGGCCCACGCAGGUGUAUGGGAUACCGAGUUGCUGACGCUUUUAUGAAGGUUCUACUAGUCACACUGCUAAGAAACUUCACGGUUACCUUGGAAACCAAAGUGACAGGUGAUGACGACAGCGUGCCUGUACAGGACGUUGGACCUUUCUGUUAUCCAUGUGUAGAGUUUCGAGUGAAAGAGUCUCAGUAAAAUUAAAUGAAGAAAAUAAUUAAAACUAUAUGAAAUCCAGGGCAUUAAAUUUGUAAUUAUAAAAAAGACGCAGUCGUAAAACCAUACACGCUAAAUUCAAAUUCUAGCGCGCCACCCCCACUUAAAGCCUUCCUUCCUUUUUUUACGAGAAUUGAAUCUUAAUAUUUUGUCUUAUUUUGACCUCCGUAUGGAAAAAAUAUGUAGCCCCCCUCCAUUAAAAGAUGUUCAUUUAAAAAUGUGCCCUGUCACCCUUGGUGUAAAUAUAAUAGAAUUCUAAUUAAAAAAUGAUAUUGACAUUA